CACAAAACCGACACUCUAAAAACCCUUAUUUGAAACUUUCCCACGUCUUCCUCUUCACUUGAAUGGUUUCUCCCUCCUUAGUCAAUAUUGUCUACCUCUUCCCUCUCAACUCUACGCCAAAACGCGUCAGCCGUCGCUUUCCGCCCCCCGACGCAUCCCCACCGUCCAUCCCAUUCCUCCCUCUCCCACUCCCCUAUAUGUAUAAAAGGAUCGCUCAAUCAUUCUUCAAUUGAUUGUUUAAGAACUUCUUAUCUUGCAUUUGAGGUUUUUGCUGAAAAUGGGCCAAGAAAUCGCUGUUGACUGCUUCGAUCGGCUGCCUGACGAGAUUGUGCUCUCGAUUUUUAAGAAAUUGCAGGAUGCCAAGUCGCUGUGUAUGUCCAUGGCGGUGUGCAAGCGCUUCCGAUCAAUCGCCCCGCAGGUGGACGAGAUUUCGCUCUCGAUUCCGAAGAAGAAGGCGGCGGCGGCGGCGGAGUUCAGAAAUCCGGUGGUGAGAGUUCUGAUGAAGCCGUUCAAUUUCAUCAGCCAGUUGGUGAAAUCAAGAUCCAAGAGCAGCGACGAAAACGAUCUGGAUUUCUACUCCUAUUACCUCCACAACGAGAUCCUCAAAUCGUUCGGCGAAGUCCGCGGCCUCCGCCUCCGCCUCCCCUGCCAUGGCAACCGGAAUUUCAAAUCAGGUAAGAACGGGAAGCCUCCGAAGACGUUCCUGAAAUGGAAGGCGGAGUUCGGGCGUGAUCUGCACAGCUGCGUGAUUCUCGGAGCGAAAUCGUUCUCCGAUAAGUCCGAUCGGUCGCCGGAGUCGGAUCCGGAGGCUAGGGUUUCGAUGCCGGACGAAGAUCUGAAGCUGCGGAUCGUGUGGACGAUCUCGUGCCUAAUCGCGGCGACGGCGAGGCACUACUUGAUACAGGAGACGGUGAAACGACAGGGGACUAUCCAAAACGUCGUCGUUUCGGACGAGACGAAUCAGGGAAGGUUGCUGAUGAACAGCGCCCAGAUCGAGGAAUUGAGGGUUUCCAAGGGGAAAGGGCGUCAGGAGGAGGUCCCGGAGCCCAGGAGCCGGGUCCCCGCGUUGAGGAUGAAGAUGUGGUUUAUGGACAGUCUGGAGGUGGGGGAUUCUGGCAGGGUCAUGGAGGGGGCCACGCUCGUCGUCAUAAAGCCCGCCGCCGCCGCCGCCGCCCCUGUCGGCGGCGGAGACGUGCUAGGGUUUGGGGAUGACGAUGAGGGAAAGAUGCUGGAAGAAGCCGCCAGGAAAUUGAUGGUCGCCAAGAAAUGUUACACUUUGGAAAUGAAUUCUUUUUGAUUUAUUUUUAUUAGUAUUAUUUAAUUUUAUUUUAUAUCUGCUGUAUGUACUUUCAGCGUUUGGUCUGUUAUGUAAAUAAAAAUUACUACUAAUAUUAAUUAAUUUGGGUUAUGAAAUUUUCAAUUCAAAGUA